AUGCUGUGGGGUUUAAUUGGUGAUAGAUAUUUCCCUGAAGGCAUUUACAUAUACUUUGACAACGUUGGGGGAGACAUGCUUGAGGCAGCCCUUCUUAACAUGAGAAGGCGUGGUCGAAUUGUGGUGGCUGGAAUGAUAUCACAGUAUGAUCUUGAUGAGCCUCAAGGCAUAAAGAACUUAGUGAAUAUCAUAUACAAGCAGAUCAAAGUAGAAGCCUUCACAGUGUAUGAUUACUAUCACCUCUAUCCUAAAUUCUUGGAUAUUGUUUUGCCUUAUAUGAGGGAAGGGAAGAUAACAUACGUUGAAGACAUAGCCGAGGGUCUUAAGAACGGUCCAGCUGCACUAGAAGCAAUGUUCGAAGGCCGUAGUGCUGGCAAACAAGUGGUUUUAGUUGCUCAUGAAUAAUUUAGUACAACCUCACUGUUUGACCUUUUAAUUCACUCUUCUUUUGUGUUUGUAACUCUCAUUUUCAGAGGUUG